GGGGCUGAGCCGUGAAGGCGGAGAGCGCCACAUGGAGUCGGCUCUUAGAAACCUGUCGAGCUCGGUGGAGCUGCUGGCGGUGGCGGCGCACAGCGGAGCGGUGGACCAGUGGGAUGACCACAGCCUGUCCAGUGCGUUUGACUGGGCCCGGUACUGCGAACACCUCUUCUCCAGGUUUCACAACAACCCCGCGGUCAGAGGAGCCAUGGAGGAGCAGCUCCAGCUCACCAAUGGACGUCUGAGAGCGGCGUUCCCCGGAUCCACCGAGGUGUCCUUCCCCGACCUGUCCCGGUGCCAGCACCACCUGCUCAUCGGGCUGCUGAACAACCCCAAGCUGCCCAUCUCCAUCAUGAAGCUGCUCUUUGACAGUAACGCUCCUGCAGACAGCGGCUGUGUGGAUGUGUCCGGCCUCUGCAGCCGCAUCAUUCAGUGCAAGUCUGCGUGUAAGGUCCUGAGUCCUCUCACUCCCCCCUCAGCUGUGGGGGCUGAUGCUGAGGUGCAGGGGGGGCUGCUGAUGGAGAGGCUGGGUGCCCUGAUCACACAUGGCAGGGCAGAGCACUUUUUAGACUCAGUCCUCCGGGGAUGUGAAGGAGCAGCAGCAGAACACUUCUGUCUGGUCAUCGCUGCAGCUCUGCUGACAAGGACAAACUCAGAAACGGCCUCACAUGAAGUCCUCCUGGACUGGCUACUGAAAAAACAACCCAGCACGCUAGAGCGCACGUGUUCUGCUCUGCCCACCGCACGUCUUAUGGACCUGGUCAAAGAACACCUGAAAUUUAGAGACGCCUACCGUGAUGUGCUAAAAAAAUGGGCCUCUGAAAUGGAGUACAGCAUAGGUGAUGGGGAAUGGGUUCAGAGCAGAACAAACCCCCCAGCGUCCUUUCAGAAACUGACCGAGCACUUUCAGGCCUUGUUUGAGACGUGUCCCUCUCUGAGGGACGAUGUAGAGAAAGAGUUAAAUGCUUUAAAGAUUUCUGACGGAGACUUUGAUGUCAGAGGUCUGAGUGUGUGGGGAGACCUCCUGUCGGAGUUACACAAGUGACUGUCAGACGUGAGGGUUUAAGAGCUGUAAAAGAUCCUCAAAUACAAUUAAAUGUUUACGUCUACUUAUAUCCUGAUGCUUGGUAUUAAACCUCAGCGUGUUGAAAAAGCCCUGAUUAUUGAACGCUGUCAUCAAAGGAUCCACUUUCUUCCUGACUUCAAGUCUUUAUGUCUUUGGUAAAGUUUCUGUGUUUAAGUAUAAUUCUGUUAACAGUAUUGAAGCUCAGGUGUCAUAUUAGCGUUCUUAUCGAAACCAUACAAUCGGGACCUAUCCCUGUGUUGGACAGUUUUGGUAUUUUUAUACCGUUUAAUUGAAUUA